UAACUCUGCUACAGUCCAUUUUUAAAAGGCCUGGGCGCUGGCCCUUUAAAUCUUCCUACUUGCUCACAAAGUUCACCGCUGAUCGUGUGCCGUGUUUUCUGGAGUGUGUGCAUGUGAGAGGCAUGUUGGGCUCCGCCUGCAGCUCUUCCCUCCCUAAAUGGGCCCCUCUGACGGGAUAUAGGGCCCCGUUCCUCUGCAUCGCCCUCCUUUUGUCCGUCUGCCAGCUACAAGCCUUUUCUUUCGCUAGCGAGCGCUAAAAACAAGGUCUAAAGUUCAGCGUCUCUGAUGUGCAGAUCUGGGUCAAGUCGAACAUUUGGAAAGCGUUUGAUUUUUUUCCCCCGGAGCCGAGUUGCAGUCUUUUUCUUCCCUUCAUGGCCUGGGAUCGUGAUGGACCUGAUGGCCGUGAGCACGUCUGCGACGGGUCAGGAGGAGUUUGACCGCAACGCGCCGCGGAUCUGUGGAGUGUGUGGAGACAAGGCCACCGGCUUCCACUUCAGCGCCAUGACCUGCGAGGGAUGCAAGGGCUUCUUCAGGCGCAGUAUGAAGCGCAAGGCUAGCUUCACCUGCCCCUUCAGCGGGAACUGCACCAUCACCAAAGACAACUGGCGUCACUGCCAGGCCUGCCGUCUGAAGCGCUGCGUCGACAUCGGCAUGAUGAAGGAAUUUAUUCUGACGGAUGAGGAGGUGCAGAGGAAGAAGGAUCUGAUCCUGAAGAGGAAAGAGGAGGAGGCGGCGAGGGAGGCGAGGAAACCUCGUCUGAGCGAGGAACAGAUGCAGAUCAUCAACACACUGGUCGAAGCGCAUCACAAGACCUACGACGACUCCUACUCCGAUUUCGUCCGAUUCAGGCCUCCGGUUCGUGAGGGUCCGGUCACCCGCAGCGCCAGUCGUGCUGCGUCUCUUCACUCUCUGUCUGACGCUUCAUCAGAUUCAUUCAACCAUUCACCAGAGUCUGUGGACACGAAGCUGAACUUCAGUAAUCUGCUGAUGAUGUAUCAGGACAGCGGUGGCAGUCCAGACUCCAGCGAGGAGGACAACUCACGCCUGUCCAUGUUACCGCACCUCGCAGACCUCGUCAGCUACAGCAUCCAGAAGGUCAUCGGAUUCGCCAAGAUGAUCCCUGGAUUCAGGGACCUGACGGCUGAAGAUCAGAUCGCUCUGCUCAAGUCCAGCGCUAUCGAGAUCAUCAUGCUGCGCUCCAAUCAGUCGUUCAAUCUGGAGGAUAUGAGCUGGAGCUGCGGAGGACCGGACUUCAAAUACUGCGUCAAUGAUGUCACCAAGGCGGGGCACACUCUGGAGCUGCUGGAGCCGCUGGUGAAGUUUCAGGUGGGUCUGAAGAAGCUGAACAUGACUGAAGAGGAGCAUGUGCUGCUGAUGGCCAUCUGCCUGCUGUCUCCAGAUCGUCCGGGCGUUCAGGACCACGCUCGCAUCGAGGCGCUGCAGGACCGUCUGUGUGACGUCCUGCAGGCGUACAUCCGGAUCCAUCACCCCGCCGGGCGUCUGCUGUACGCCAAGAUGAUCCAGAAGCUGGCGGACCUGCGCAGCCUGAACGAGGAGCACUCCAAGCAGUACCGCUCGCUCUCCUUCCAGCCGGAGCACAGCAUGCAGCUGACGCCGCUAGUGCUGGAGGUGUUCGGCAGCGAGGUGUCCUAGCAUCCCAGAGCCCCCCUGACACCGCUAGAGCGUCACCGCUCACCCGACGGGGGGCCGAAGGCAUGCACGAGCGAGCGGGUGGAUGCACAGGUCGGGAUUCCCGCUUUUAAGCUACGGGGAAUUCCGAAAGGAAUGUAUUAACGAUGUAUAAUAAUUAGAACGAUGCGUAUAAACUAAUAUUUAUAUUUAAGAGAGAGAGAGAGAUGUAUGGCCAGGUGUUCCUCUGGUGUAAUAGGAUAAGCAGGCUCUUCUAGUGUGUGUGUGUGUGUGUGUGUGUGUGUGUGUGUGACGAAAUUAAAUGCAAUUCGAAUUCACAAAUGGCUCUGUUCUGAAACCUAGUGAGUGCCCUACGUAGGCGGCAUUCCGAGACAUGUGUGCAUUUAUAUCACAUUGCAACGAAAAAAAAUUAAAUGCAUCCCAGGGAUGUAGGAAUAAAUUGAAUGUAUACAUCAGUUGCAUUGUUGCGCUUCAAAAACAGUAAAAUUAUGUAAUUUUGUUACCGGCUUUGCUAUGCAUCAUGCUGCUAUCCCAGACUUCAAGCAGUUUCGGCCCAGAUCCGGCUCACAUCUGGCUCGCAUGAAAUACAUUCGGGCUGGAUGUGGGCCGAAAGAUCUUGCUGCCUGAGAAUUUACUUAUCAGAUUAUGGUCUAUAAAUUAUAGUAUAAUAUAAUCAUCUUUUUUGUUAUGAAUCAGGCAUUAUAAAUAAGUAAUUUAAUUAAAAUAAUGGUGAUUACAAAUAGUUUUUAUGUGUUUCAUUGUUAGAUUGGUGACAUUCUAGCUAUAUUCUGUGUUGCGUUUAUAGUACGUUCAAUAUCUGUUACUUUUGAGAAUCUUUGGCGUCCGCUAGGUUUUGGGUCAGUGGAUUGAUUUUGGCCCUGAUAUUUUGAUCUUGUCAGUAGUGUGUGUGCUUGUAUGUCAAGGGCGGAUGGAUGCAUUAUAGACACACUACACACACACACACACACACACUCUCUCUCUAAACUGAGAGAAGGAGGCCUGGCUGUAGAUCUGAUGUAUGUAUAGAUAGGAUCUUAGUUGACCACAAGAGAGCCGAAGCGCAGGAAGUGUCCCCCAGAGAUCAGCCCAAAUGCUGCUCUGCAUUAUCUAUCAUUGAUAAACAAGGCUAUCCGGCUGCUUCGACCUCAUAUUAUUCAGUGGAUAUAGUUCAAAACGAGGCCUUAAUUAUCCUUCUACCAGAGAUACCUUCUAACCCGUUUCUCUCUAAAAAUACUGGAUUUUGAGUCAUUUUCCGUCAUGUUUUCAUUGAAAGAAUUUAUGUAUAUAUCUACCCAUGGUUCGUAAAAACAUGCUUAUGGGAUAGGGCUGGUCUAUGUAAAUACAUGCACAAAUGCACCAAUUUGCAUACACUUUCAACAGUGUGUUUUUUAUUUACUGGACAAUUUAUAUCAGCGAUUUCCCCCAUUCCAGCGGUUUCCGCGCUGCUCUCUUGUGGUCAUCCGCUGUAAAUACCACUCGUGUUGUUUCUGUGCAUAUGUCUAACGAAACGAAUAGGCUAAUACAGUUAAUCCGCUAAAAACAGAAGAAGAAGCUUGGAAGAAAUAUGCAAAUCUGAUAUUUUCAUAUGUUUUGGUGUCUCGGAUGACAUAAUUAGCUUGUAAGACCGUAUCUAUCCCUGAUGCUUUUUAGAGGCAAAUUCCACAUCGAAUUUUAUUGCUUGUAUAUGAUUACCAUGGCUUAGUUUUGUACGGAUUGUAUUUUUAUUUCUGCAAAUCGAUGAGACAUCUCAAACAGACUGAGCUGCAUUAGCUGUCCACGCGUUCGCAAACUCGACUCAAAACUGCUGCUUUAGUUUGUUUUUUUUAGCUACAAACGCUGCCUCAAACCAGCCAAUCUGACACACGUGUAACAGUCCGUGUAGAGGACUCAACGAAGCUUUAACAUAACUGCGG